GGUAAUUUUUUGAUUGUUUCAUGAGUUGUACGGAUUGUAUGGAAGAGAAAGAUGGGGACAAUUAAUAAACGUAAGAAAUCGUAGAAGGCUAGACAAAUCUUCUAUUUCCUUUAAUUCACGUACACAGGAUAUACCAAUUCCACACAAGCUACUAAUACAUAAGUGAGAAAAGGAUGAAUACAUUGAUGCCAUAACGGCUAGGAAUAUUAAUACUACAACGAAAAUGGAGAUUGUAAAUGAUUCGGGCGUCGGCUUGAAUGUCGGUGGUAAGAUCUACCAGACCUCUCGGAACACCUUGACAAAAUAUCCGAACAGUUUCUUUUUUCUCCUGCUCGAAGGUACCAUUCCUUCUAAAAGAGAUGACCAAGGGAACUACCUGAUCGACCAGGAUGGCGAGGUCUUCCGCCACGUCCUCAACUUCUUAAGGUCAGGUGAGCUUUUGACCCUACCGGAAGGAUUCAAGGACUUCAAACUACUUGAGAGUCAAGCGGACUUCUUCUUGCUCGAUGAACUUAAGAAGGUGAUCCAAAACAGGAUGUCCGAUGGACUGCUAUUUGACGACGGAGGCGUCGGUUUGAAUGUCGGUGGUAAGAUCUACCAGACCUCUCGGAACACCUUGACAAAAUAUCCGAACAGUUUCUUUUCUCUCCUACUCGAAGGCGCCAUUCCUUCUAAAAGAGAUGACCAAGGGAACUACCUGAUCGACCGGGAUGGCGAGAUCUUCCGCCACGUCCUCAACUUCUUAAGGUCAGGUGAGCUUUUGACCCUACCAGAAGGAUUCAAGGAGUAUGAACUACUUGAGAGUGAGGCGGACUUCUUCUUGCUCGAUGAACUCAAGAAGGUGAUCCAAAACAGGAUGUCCGUUGGACUGCUAUUUGACGACGGCAAGGUUUUCAAUACCACGAAAGAAACCUUGAUGAAGGAGAGUGGCGCUUUCUUCCCCAGGAUGCUGGCUGGAGAGAUAGAAGUCACCAGAGAUCCUCAAGGAAACUACGUCAUGAAUAGAGACGGCAGUCUGUUCCAUCACAUAUUGGCCUAUCUCAGAGACGGUGGCGUUCUCACUGACAUCACGCUUGAUGAUUUAAAUCGUCUUCUGAACGAAGCAGACUACUUCGGACUCGACGUGUUUAAAGAACAUAUCGAAAGCAUCAGGUUCAUGCAAACCCGACGAAACGCUCUACGCUACCUGCACUUCUAUCACUGUGUAAACAGUCCUUGUUUUGUCUACAAGAAUUUUCAGGAUCACAGUCAUGUUUGUCCCUACGUCAGUGAAAUCAUGAAAGGUGUGUUUGCUGGAAUGGCAGUCUUGGAAAGAAUCAAUAGAGGUGAAAAUGUAAGCGUUGAAGAUAUCAUUUCUUACUUUUGCAAACAGUUGGAUAGAAGUCGUACCAAUACCCCCAAUACCACACGAGUUGAACUCAGUCCUGAUUGCACUCGAUUGGAUUUUGAGCCAUUUUGAAGUUUGUUUUCACAUCGGAUGUCUGUCAGAAAGAUAUACAUCCGAUCCCUCUACAGUGACUUGGUAUGAUGACGAUGAAGAGCUGGUCAGCCCUCACCAAUAACGAUAACUGUAAGAAUAAAUCGUUCCCAAAUGGUUCCGCUCCCUCUAUAAAAUUGUUAUCGUGGGUAAGAUCUAUGGCAAAGGAACCUCCCUCAACGUUUUAUUCAUCAACUGGUUUUAUCGUCCACCGAUUUUCAUUUUAGGACAGACCUCGACCUCUGAGAGACAAUAAUUUCACUCCUUUGAUGUGACGUCAAUUUAUUGUGCGCCGAGUGAUUCGUGCUAGAAUCCUAAAGAUUUUAUCAUUAAGGUGUGUCACAUUUAUCAACUUUCUUGUUACCGUUAUCGGCGAGGUCUGACGAGGGUUAACUGAUCGUGGGAGCUAUAUUGAAUGAAUUAUAUAAUCAUAGAGGAAAUGGAGUAGAACAAACCGGUUUGUAGUUAUAGUGUGGUACGGUAUAUCCCGUACAGCUCCCGAAGAA